AUUUUUGACAUUUUUCUGAUAUUAGUUUCCGAAAAUAAAAAAUUAUACAUUGGUGAUAGUGAGACUUUGAAACAACUUCAAUGAAAGACUAUAAACUGAUAGUGUACGUACUGUAAUAAUAAAUAUGUCGUUAUCUCAACCCUUAAUUGACCCAGCGGUUCCGCCUAUUUUGGAAAAUAUUAUUCAAAAAUUGCCAGAUACACCAGAAAACUCUUCACAAGUACCCGAUGUUAUUCCGUCACAAUGUAAAGAAUCCGAAGAAAAAAGUAACGUAAUGAACAACAUCGCCAUCACCGUAAAUGGUGAUAAUUCGAUAGACACCGAAAACAAAGUACUUAGUGAUGUCGAUUCUCUUGAAAAUAUCACCAAAUUCAACACGGAAGAAAACCGUAGAAAUUCCGGACAAGGUGCCAAGCUCAUAAAACAAAGUAAGAUUGAAUGUUUCGUUGAAAAGGUAAACAAUGGACUUGUAGUGUCGAAAUCGAGCGUCCCGUCGGUCAGUAGCGUCGUAGACAAAGCGUCUGUUGACGAGCGUCUCGCUCAACGUCGGAAAUCUUUAGUACCUAUGUCCAGCAUGGAAGAGGAGAAUUUAAGGGAACGGUUAAGAAUGGCGCAUCUAAAAAAGUGCAACGGGAUUAUCUUCAAAGAGGAGAGAUACACGAGGGAUACGUUUAGAAGAUUAUUCCAGAAUAAGGAACUUUUGGAGCAAUUAUUUAAGUUAUUCGAUCAAGACCGGGACCAGUGCUUAGCCCAAGAAGAUUGGAUAGAAUUUUUGAAGCAAAGAUUAAUCAAUGAAACACAGAUCGAUUUUGCAGAACAAUUGGAGAGUGUGGCGUACUGUUUGUGUGGAGAGAAACCUAUUUAUUUGGAACAGUUUUAUUUGAUAUUUUUAACAAAGGGGAUUGUAGAUAAACUUUUUCGACUGAUAGACGAAGAGAAUGCUGGCGUCAUUUCUUCUGAAGCUAUAAUGGAGUUUUUAAGUACAGUGACGAGUACCAGAUCUCGUACAGGAUUUGAUAAGGGUAGCAUCGACCGACUUGAACUAUUAUUUAGACAGACUGUGGGAGAAGGAAAGGAGAUUAAAAAAGAUGAUUUCAAAAAAAUUGUCGUCUCCAAAAACCCAUUUUUCACGGACAGAGUUUUCCAAAUAUUUGAUAAAGACAAUUCGGGCUCCAUUUCACUUCAAGAGUUUCUCGAUGCAGUGCACCAGUUUGCUGGACAAACACCAGAUGACAAAAUACGAUUUCUAUUUAAAGUAUAUGAUUUGGAUGGUGACGGUUUAAUACAAUUAAGAGAACUCCAACAUGUCAUGAGAGCGUGCAUGGAAGAAAAUGGAAUGCAAUUCAGUGAAGAACAAGUAGCUGAUUUGACGCUGGCCAUGUUUGAAGACGCCGACUCUAACCAUAGGGGCGCUAUUACGUAUGAGGCUUUAAAAAACCAAUUAGAAAAACACGGUGGACUAUUAGAAAAUUUAUCAAUAAGUAUUGAUCGAUGGUUGGUCCCACCAAAACCUCUAAAGAGGACACCAGUUAUGAAGAAAAUAAUUAAUUGGAGACCGUAUUAUUUUACAAUUCCUUAUUUAAAAAAUAACUAUGUAUACCUAGCAUUUUUAUUAGUAGUCCUUCUAGUCAAUGCAGCUUUAUUUAUAUCCAGGGCAAUUCAAUAUGCGGGAUCCAAUUGGUAUACGAUAUUUGCUAGAGCUUGUGGCCAGUGCUUAAAUUUUAACUGUACAUUUAUUUUAAUUUUAAUGCUGAGGCAAACAAUUACCUUUCUAAGAACAAGGGGCUAUAGCUCAGUGCUUCCUUUAGAUCAACAUAUAUACUUUCACAAAUUGACCGGAGUGUUUAUUUUUGGCUACAGUAUUAUCCACACUAUCAUGCACAUCUGUAAUUUCAGUAUUGUGGUUGUUAACGAUCCUGUGAUAAACGAAAUGAAUUUUACCACAACUGAAUGGUUAUUUACCACUAAGCCACAUUUAUUUGGAUUGAUAAAUGGUUUAGCGAACCCAACUGGAUUUGCUUUAUUAUUUAUUUUAAUUGCAAUUUUCAUUAGUUCACAAGCAUUUGUCCGAAGAGGAGGAUGUUUUGAGAUUUUUUAUUACACCCAUCUCAUGUAUGUUCCUUUUUGGAUCCUACUAAUUCUCCAUGGACCAAAUUUCUGGAAAUGGUUUAUUAUUCCUGGAAUAGCUUAUGGUCUUGAAAGAGCUUAUAGAUCAACCUUUAUUGUUACCGAAAGAGGUAAAACAUAUAUAAGUUCUGGUCUACUGCUUCCAUCGAAGGUUACACACUUAGUUAUAAAGAGACCAGUAAGUUUUGACUUUCAUCCAGGAGACUACGUAUUUGUUAAUAUUCCAGCAAUCGCUAAAUACGAAUGGCAUCCUUUUACUAUUAGUAGUGCUCCAGAGCAAGAAGACUAUAUGUGGCUCCACAUUCGAGGGGUAGGCCAAUGGACAAAUCGUUUGUAUGGGUAUUUUGAAAAGGAGCAAGAAAAGCUUCAUAAUGGAGAAAUACCCCCUUCUACACCUGCAGCGCCUGUGAAGAGACUAUCGAAUGGAAGUAUUACUAAUAAUAAUCAAAAUCCUCUAAAGAAGCUUCACGCUACAGUCGCACGGACGUUAUCAAAUCAAAACAAAAAGCCUGCCAUACAGCUUGUUGGAUUUAGUAAUGGCAGCUUUCAAAACGAACAAACUCCAAAAGAUUCCAAAUGUGAGACUGAAACCAAUUUUAGAGCAGCCUGCAGUACGGCAGAUUUACCGAAUCCGAGAAGUCCUAGAAAGUUGUCACCAGAAAAUAGACUUCACAGAUUCCUAUUUACUAACAAAGCGCCUCUAGAAAAAUCCUUAUCCAUGCCAGAUAUGCAAACCAAGGCAAAAAGAAGAGAAAGAUUAAUGGUAUUACGAGAAUAUACGAGAUCAGAAUCAGAAAAAAGUUUUAAUGAGUGUCAAAUACGUAGAGCAAGACUACAAUCAUUGGGAUUGGCUUACCUGAGUCCACAAAAUAAGAGUUUAGCUCAAAGUUUUAGAUAUAUGAGGAACAAACCAACAAUUAUAGCAUUUAAAACACCUAGUUUGGAAGAUUGUGAAAAGAAGAAUUCUACUACAUCUUUACGUCAAAUGGUCCGCCAAAUAAGUCAUAAAAGUUUUACCUUUUCACCUGAACGACAAGUAGAAGAAGGACAAGUAGGUUUGACGUUCACUGAUGCUACGUUCUCGCCAAAUUUGGUCUCUUUGAGGCCAAUGAAUUAUCCAGUUGGAAAACCAUUAGAACGAACAAAAUCCAGAAACAUGAAUAGAGAUAGAUGUGAAGAAUUGCGUAUCCAAGUUUUGGACAAGGAGGGAACUGAGAUUUAUUUAGACGGUCCAUAUGGAGCACCGUCCAGCCACAUUUUCAGAGCCCAACAUGCAGUACUCAUUGCUACAGGAAUAGGAGUAACCCCUUUUGCAUCAAUCUUACAGUCAAUUAUGCAUAGGUAUUGGAAAGCUAGGCAUACUUGUCCAAAAUGCAAAUUUGCUUGGGCUAGUGACAUACCAGCUACGGUCAUGAACCUUAGAAAGGUUGACUUCUUCUGGAUAAAUAGAGAUCAAAGAUCUUUUGAGUGGUUUGUUAAUUUACUUUCGCAGCUUGAAAUUGAACAAGCGGAACUUGGAGGUGCCUUGGAAAGAUUCCUUGAAAUGCAUAUGUAUAUCACGAGUGCAUUGCAAAAAACUGACAUGAAGGCAGUGGGAUUGCAGCUCGCUUUGGACUUAUUACACGAGAAGGAAAAAAGGGACUUAAUAACAGGACUCAAAACUCGCACCAACGCCGGUCGUCCUAACUGGGAUAAGGUUUUCAAGCAGAUACUCGAUCAGAAGAAAGGAAAAGUGACAAUUUUCUAUUGCGGUCCACCCCAUUUGGCGAGAGUAUUAAGAUUAAAAUGUGAUCAGUACGGAUUUAAUUUUAGGAAAGAAGUAUUUUGAAUAUUUUUGUAGAUAGAAUGUUGUUUGUAAAGUAUUUAUUUAAUUUAAAACUGUUAUAUUUAGUGAAUAUGAUAAUUAUGUUUUAGUAUUUUUGUCAAACUAUAAAUUUUAGCAACUAUUUGCUGUUUACUGUUGUGAGUUCGAAGCAUUGAAAUAUUUAAUUUUAAAUUAAUUUUAAAAUAAUAUAUUAAAAUAUUAUAAGGAAUAUCCUUUUAUAAUUUUAUUCAUAUACAUAAUUGAUUUUAUUUAAAAUUAAAGAACUUAAAAUAUGAAGAUUUUUUUGUAAAAUAAAAUUUCAUUUAUUUUUCAAAUAUAAAAUAUUCACAAAUUGUUUAAUAUUGCAACACCACUGCAUUUAAAACUAGCUAUAUAGUAGGUAUCUAUCUAUCAAAAUAUUUUAGAAAACCAUAAUCUUAAGUUUAUUACAAAGCUAUUUUUGCAUUUUAAUGGUAUUGUUAAGUUUUCUGCCAAGGUACAUAUUAAUAAAUUUAAUGUCCGACUGGUAUAUUAUUUGACAACUAAUGACAUGAUUUCGAAGUCAGUUAAAUAUGAUCUAAUGCCUUUGAAAAAUAAUGCCCUAGAGCAUUAAAUGUAAAUAACUAGUUAAAUACAGUCACAUUGACAAAUAAAAACCUAAGUAAAACUAUGGUUACCACAAACACGUUACAACUAUUGCUGGUAAAUGUACCUACUUAUUUGAAAACUAAUUAAUUCAAAAUUCAUUCAAAUUUUUUUCAUAUAAAGAAUAAUUUAGUCGGACAUUAAACGUUGAAGGCACCACGGGUAUAAUAAAAUUAAAUGCAUAGAAAUCGGCCCACUUAAAAAUUUGGUCAUUCGCAAACCUCAGGCUAUAGUUGGGUUUUAAUUUCAGUAUUUUAUAAAUUCUAGAAUAUUCCACAGGGUGUUGCGAACUUUGAGAAAAAAACACAGUUUGAUUUGUACACCCCGUAUACAAUAAAAAUUUACAUGUUUACCAACAAUAUUAUUAUAGCGAUAUAGGGCUUUUCAUCGAUUGUCAUUUGUUUCGAGCUUCUGUCAUGUGUCACAUAACAUUAAUAUAUCUACGUCAUACGUCUUCGGUUUUGUAUCAUUGGAAAUGCCAAUAACGUACGACGUAGAUAUAUUAAUAUUAUAUGACACAUGACAGAAGCUCGAAACAAAUGACUGUGAAUGAAAAGCCCUAUUGUUAAAGAAUCAGGCUAUAACAUAUUAAAAACAUCACUUAAAUCGGCCGACAGGUUUAGGAAAUACGUGUCAUCAAAUAUGACCAAAUUUUUAAGUGGGCCGAUUUCUAUGCACGUAAGUUUAGAUAAUAACGCUUUCGGUCAACGUAUAUCCCUCGGGCCAAAGGCCCUCGGUAUAUACAUACACCAUUGACCUCAAGCGUUAUUAUCCUUAUAAUAUCCUUGGUACCUUAAUAACUAUAAAUAUACUGUAGGUACUUUUAAUCAUUAUACCUGCUAAUAUUCAGUUUGUUCAAUACUCGAAAUUUAACGAUAUUAAAUACAAAUGACUUUGUAAUUAAGAUACUGUUUUCUGAAAUAUUUUUAUAGGCACUAUAACUAUAAUAGCCAAGAUUAGGCAGAUGAACUAAAAAUCUAAAACUAAUUUGAAAUUAGGUAUCUAAAUAGGUAGCAAAUCUAGAAAUAUCGCUUAUGUUUCUACCAUCUCAUGUUCAAUUAGCUAAACGAAAUAGAUAGAGGAAAGUAACCAAAUAUGGAAUAGUGUCCUAAUAUGGAAUUCCUUGAUAUCUCCGAAAAUAUAAGUUGGAAGCGCACUACAAGACCAUCCCCUAUUUCAGUCGCUCUCUUUAUUAUCGUAUUCACACCUCUGUGUCAGAUGCGCGAACGAUACGUGUCUGACAGGCGCGUUUUGUUUUACCGUCUCGCAGAAAAUUUCAAAGGUAAAUAUAUUCAACAAGUAUUAUUGGUUAUUAUGCAUGAAUACAGACUUGUUAUGCUAUUGCGUAUAUCAAUACCUAGUACCUUUAUUUUGAUGUUUUAUGACCUUCUGUAAUUAAAACAUAACGACUUGAAAAAAUGUUGAUACUGGUUUGAACUAAUGUACAAAUCCAAAUAUGGACAGUCGUUGGUGCCUAAUUAUGGAAUAGUGGAUUAAGUGUAAGUGGGCUCAUUAUGAUUGUGCUGGUCCAGAGUUCCAUACAUGGAUCUGUGAUGUCUGCAAGUGAAUUAAGCUACUUCUUUCAUUUUUUACAAUUUUCUUAUUUAAAUUUGUUUGAUCUCAGAAGUUUAUGUCUAGUUUUGUUAUUGAUAUGUUGGUUUAUGCCUAUAUUCCAUAUAUGGGUACCUAUUCCAUAUUUGGUUACUCAUUUGGGAUUUUGUUUUUCUGUUCGAUUUUUUUUUGUUAAUGAAGAUAUUUAAUAGAAGGCUUUCAAAUUACUACAUAAAAAUGUAUGACUGAUGUGUCAUAACAUUAAAUUGUUUUCAUUUCUAUAAAGGUAUUAUUUUAUAUCCCAAAAACAAAAUGGUAUUCCAUAAUUGGCGACUUUCCUCUAAUAUCUUAAUAUACUUAAUUACAAAUAUUAAAUAUUUUUAUUAUAUUUCCAUUUUUAAAGCUAAUAUUUGCAUAAAGCUCUUUAUUUUUGUUGUAAAUAUUUUAGACUUCUUGAUUUCAAACUCACGACAGAAAAUUUACAAAUUAAAAACUAUAUUCAAUUUUUUCAGCAUAAAAUGGGGAUAACAACUGAAGAAGUUAAUAAAUUUUGUGCCUUAUCUUAUUGAUUUUUGGACACCUUUUUUCUGGUCCCUUCCACUGUUCUACCCUAUGGUCAUCUAUUUUGUUCCAGUCACAUUUCUUUAGAUCUCCACUCAAACUUAACUGACGUUUUUCUCUUCUUCUCUGAUGUUACUACAUAGUAACCUAUCAUCUGCUUUAUGCAUCUCAUAUCAUUUUUUUAUCUUUAUCAUUUUUUCAAUGGUAUAGUCAAUAAAUAAAUAUUUAAAUUUGACAUUUUUACCAUUUCCGAGCAGUUGUUCGUUAUGAAGCACUAUAAUGGUAGUUGGCGAGAUUCUCACGCCACGCCAUACAGAUAUUCUUCCAAAUAUCAUGAGUACAGGAGCGUCAUUUGAAAUUUUGAUAGGGGGGGGCAAGCAUUAUAUAUACAAUACAUUUAUAUGCAAACAUAAUACAAAAUUGAUCUAUUUCUUGUAAAUUUCAGUAAUUUUCAGGGUUAGGGGGGGGGCAAAUGCCCCCCCUGCCCCCUAUCAAAUGACGCCCCUGCAUGAGUAUAAACAAUGUUUGUCUAAAGUCAGUCUACGAUUUUGAGUUAUAAUUAAUCGGUUAAUCAGCAAUAGGGUGAGUGGGCGAUAGGGUAUCAUAACUCGUUGACUGCUCUGUUAUUCUACUUUAGAACUCAAGGAUUUAAUAUCGAAUGACUUCAUCUCCAUUUCAUUAAAAAAAUAUGUUAAACAGAGAGUUAAAUUUUUAACAUUAUGGCAAUAUCUGACUGUCUUUUACUACAGCUAUAAUGGAAAAUAUGCACAUAUGUAAAUAUGUUAUAAUUUUUAAUAUAAUUUCUUAAACAAAUAAAAACCAUUUAACCUUAUGUUGUUACCCUAUACAUUACACAUACAUUAUACAUACUACAUAAAACAUAUGAAUGUUACGCAUACAAUACCCCUACACAUUCCAAAUAGCCAGUCUUACUAUGGUUUUUAUUGGUUUGUGUGCUGUGAAUGGAUUAAAACAAGAAUGAAGGAAUGAAUAUGCACUUUAUCAAUUAAGAAUUCUAAAACUGACUAUUAUAAACGUAAAAAGAGUAAGGAUUUAUGUAGGUACCUAUUAAAUGAAAAAUAAUGCCCAUGCAUUUAAUUACCUACUUAAAAUAAGUAUUCUGUUUUAAAUUUAACAGUGCAUAUUAACCAUUAUUGAUAUUAAAAAAGCAUUAAUAUUCAAAAAAUGUAUAUUGAUCACAUAUCCUAAUUAAGUAUGUAUAUUUAUUGUAUGUUGAUUUUAAGAUUUUAUGAUUAUAAAAAGUUUUUAAUAAAAAUUUUACAAAACA